AUGAACCGCCCCAAUUUACACCACGAUAAUGGACACGGAUCUGCACUCUUUUCUACCAAUGGCUCCCAGACCAUCACCAACCGCUUGUGGUCUGCCAGAGGCAAAGCCAGCCGCAGCUGGGGUGAAGGCACAGAAGCGAAGGCCAACAAGAGCCGAGUCAAGCGGCCCAUGAAUGCCUUCAUGGUGUGGUCGCGCGGGCAGAGGCGCAAGAUGGCCCAAGCGAACCCCAAGAUGCACAACUCAGAGAUCAGCAAGCUCCUGGGGGCCGAGUGGAAGGUCAUGUCUGAAGCCAAGAAGCAGCCUUUCGUGGAGGAGGCAAAGCGGCUGCUUGCGCUGCACAUGAAUGAGCAUCCGGAUUACAAAUACCGGCCCCGUCUUAAGACCAAGAUGUUCCUCAAGAAGGAAAAGUACUUUUUAGUCCCCGAGCUGUCAGCUCGCAAGGGCAGCGUGGGCAGCGACGAGUCGGCUGUGGCCUCAGGCUUGGGUGUAGGUGCGGCGGCUGUGGACCGGGGUCUGGAGAACGCAGGAUUUGUAACAGGCGGCAGCAACGCGCACUUAAAUUGCUGGGGCAAUGUCUCCAACUCAAGCUCGAUGGCAACAGUGGCCGAGGCCAAAGCGAUGAUGAUGCAAGAGGCACAGCUGGACUACGCGAAGCACCGCGGCGCGGGCUGUGCGCACCUGCACUCUCACUCACACUUGGCUCACUGGUUCUCACACUCGCACUACCCGCCCUCGCACGCCCCCAGCUCGCCGCGGGUUCUUCGUUUUGACCUGGGCGUGCAGCAAUACAACCCUCUCUCCAACCUAAAGGACCACAUAAGGGCGCCUUUUCCCGGCUAUAGCAGCCUUCCCUACGGUGCCCCAGACAUCACAACCACUGCAGUAGCUGCGGAAGACGUGCACCAUAACCACAACUCGGUCGUGGCUGUUGCGGUAGCUGCAGAGGCCGCAUCGUUGGACGCCCAAAAAGGACUUGGUUCACUAAUGACAGUGGAGCCUAGCGGCAACCUGCCUGUUCCAACACACUCGUGGGCACCAUGCCCCGGGGAUCUGCGUGAGAUGAUCAGCAUAUAUUUGCCGGUGGGUGAGGGUAGAGACCCGACGACUGCCGCAUUGGCUGUGGCUCAGAGCCAGCUAAACUCCCAGCCACUGCACUACCAGGACGCGGGUGCUGUCAUGAAUGGCACAGUACCCCUGAUGCACAUCUAG